ACUGGGAGGCAGAGGUGGCAGCGGCGGCAGCAGAGCAGGAGGCGCAGGCGAGAGGCUGCCGUCUGGCCUCCCGUUUCCUCUCCAGCCGGCAGGAGCAGAGGGGCUCAGCCCUCCCCAGGCCUGACCAGCCAGCCACAGCCCCGCUCAGCUGAGAGGGCCUGCUGCUUCCCGACCCGCACUGCGGAGCCAGGUCCUGGCGCUGGCGUGGCGUAUCAGCUCCCUGCAGGGCCUGUGGAGGGUCAUGGCCUUGAGAACAGGUGACCACAGUCAGGCUGCAACGAAUGGGCUGAAGGAGAAGGUGCUGACGCUGGACACCAUGAACCCGUGUGUCCGGAAGGUGGAGUACGCGGUACGAGGCCCAAUCGUGCUGCGCGCGCUGGAGCUGGAGCAGGAGCUGCGCCAGGGCGUAAGGAAGCCCUUCACUGAGGUCAUCCGAGCCAACAUCGGGGACGCACAGGCCAUGGGGCAGACGCCUAUCACCUUCCUGCGCCAGGUCCUGGCGCUCUGCGUCCACCCUGAUCUCCUGAACAGCCCUGACUUCCCCGACGACGCCAAGAGGAGGGCGGAGCGCAUCCUGCAGGCAUGUGGGGGCCACAGCCUGGGUGAGUGCCAGAACCUGCCCGAGCCCCCGGCAGGGGCAGGCGCUGGCGGAGGCUGUCCCAGGAGACGGUGGGUCUGCCCGCUGGAAGGGGCGGGUCUCCUCGGGAGGGAGGCAAGGGGACCUCCCGGCCCCACCCGCACUCCCACCCUGUCCUUCCUGUCCCCGGGCCCAGGGGCCUACAGCAUCAGCUCCGGCACCCAGCUGAUCCGCGAGGACGUGGCGCGGUACAUUGAGCGGCGCGAUGGAGGCAUUCCCGCCGACCCCAAUAACAUCUUCCUGUCCACGGGGGCCAGCGACGCCAUCGUGACGUUGCUGAAGUUGCUGGUGGCCGGCGAGGGUGGCACGCGCACGGGCGUGCUCAUCCCCAUCCCUCAGUAUCCACUCUACUCCGCCGCGCUGGCCGAGCUCAACGCGGUGCAGGUGGACUACUACCUGGACGAGGAGCGCGCCUGGGCGCUCGACGUGGCCGAGCUGCGGCGCGCGCUGCUCCAGGCGCGUGACCACUGCCGCCCCCGCGCGCUCUGCAUCAUCAACCCCGGCAACCCCACCGGUCAGGUGCAGACCCGCGAGUGCAUUGAGGCCGUGAUCCGCUUCGCCUUUGAGGAGGGGCUCUUCCUGUUGGCCGAUGAGGUGUACCAGGACAACGUGUACGCCGAGGGCUCGCAGUUCCACUCGUUCAAGAAAGUGCUCACGGAGAUGGGGCCGCCAUACGCGACGCGGCAGGAGCUCGCCUCCUUCCACUCGGUCUCCAAGGGCUACAUGGGCGAGUGCGGCUUCCGCGGCGGCUACGUGGAGGUGGUGAACAUGGACGCAGCGGUGCAGCAGCAGAUGCAGAAGCUGCGGAGCGUGCGCCUGUGCCCGCCCACGCCGGGCCAGGUCCUGCUAGACGUGGCGGUCAGCCCGCCCGCGCCCUCCGACCCCUCCUUCGCGCAGUUCCAGGCGGAUGACCAUUCUGCCCCCCAUGGAGAAGCUGCGGCCCUUGCUGGAAACGCUGAGCCAGUUCCACGCCAAGUUCACCCGCGAGUACUCCUGAGGACACCGCUGGGAGCCAGGCUGGACCGGCAGGGACGACCCCGGGCGGACAGUGCUCGGGUUGUUGGGGUCUCUGGAGCCCUCUGGACUUGCUCCUGCUGCCUGUGUGGCUGGGCCUCCCCUCUCUUCAGGCCCCUAAUAAAGCAGUGGGCUGGCUUGGCUGCUUGCAGGCUGUGUGCACACCUGUAUGCGCCCCCGCAGCCUUGUCCACUCCUGACUGCCUUUCUGUGUGGGGUUCUGUGCAGGCCUGGGGGCCCAGGAGGAGUGGUCAGGGAGGGCUUCCAGGGGAGGUGACCUUCUUACAGGAUGGAUUUGGCGGGAUGGGGUGAGCACUGGGAAGCGGAGUGACCGUGAGGACUCAAGGAGGCAGUCUUGGUUCCUGUAACUGGGCGCGGGCAGUGGUGCUGCCACUUUGGACAGCUGGAGGAGCGGUGGUGCCGGCCCAAGAGCAGGGAGGGGAGGAAGAGCAAACGGGUCUCGCUUUGCCGUGUUGUGUGUGACAUCCACGUGCAAAUGCAGUUCUUGGGCUGGGAAGCAGUGAGAGGGGAGGCCCCCUCCUGAGCUGGGGCACCCAAAGGCAAGUUCCGGGGAAGAGGGCACGGAAGAUGCCGAGGAAGAGGUGCCCUGUGGAGCUCUGGGCUGAAGGACCUGGGCUGGGGGCUGGCGGGCAGCCUUGUGUCCUUGACACUGGCGUGCGAGGACGUGCAUGCCAGACACUGUUGUGGAUCACUGCACAAAGGGCCCUCUCUGGUGGGCACUGUAGUUCCCAUUUCAUAGAUGAGGAAACCUGGGCCCCCAAAAUGUGUGGAAAUGAAAGGAAGCUCACUCCCCGUGGCCUCAGCAGCUGACGGAACGUCUUGGCUCAAGUGUCUGCGAGUUGGUCUAGAUGUUGGCAGGCCUCAGCGACCCACGGGCUUAGGGAGAGUAUUGGCCAAGGCCCGAGCUCCACUCUGGAUGAGGUUCUUAACCAUAGUCCCUGCUUCACUAUCUCCCCUGGGCCUCCGGUGCCCCACACAGCAAGGCUCUAGACAGGAGAGGACGGGAGGCGCAGGUUUCUCGUC